CACGAUCUCGCGUUUCGCUGUCUGCAGACGGAGAUAAUGGUGUCGGACGCAACCGAGGGGGACUAAGCUGGAAAAAGCAGUUGCCGGCCAGUCUGAGGAAAGGUGCCCAGUGACAGUCAGUAGGGGAAGCUCCUACUAAAGCCGGACUGGAGUGAAAUAUACGAGUCGGCGCUACAACUCGCUGAGCCCGACGAAGUAUUAUAGCUGCUCCGGGAGCUGUCAAGCUUUACACGACACGAAGGACAACAGCGGCGACAGGCGAGGACUGCAAGUAGGUCAGCGGAUCAGACCAGGACCUCUGAAGCUGCCAAAAGGACCAACAGCAUGGCGGACCCGGGUCUGCCAUCACCCACACAGCCCUUACAGUCACCUCGCACCCCACUUUCUCUCUCUUUCCCUUUUCUGAGAGAGGGCAGCCGGGUGUGGGAAAGGGGUCCACCACUCUUGGGGGACCUGCCCAGUCCAUUACCCACAAAGCGCACCAGGACUUACUCUGCCACUGCCAGGGCCUCAGCUGGCCCUGUUUACAAGGGCAUGUGCAAAAACUUCUCAAGAUCACAAGGCCACGGCUUCAUCACACCAGCUGACGGUGGAGAUGACAUUUUCGUCCACAUUUCAGACAUUGAGGGAGAAUACGUACCUAUCGAAGGAGACGAGGUGUCUUACAAGGUCUGUCCUAUUCCACCCAAGAACCAGAAGAUCCAGGCAGUGGAGGUUGCGAUCACACACCUGGUUCCCGGGACAAAACAUGAGACCUGGUCGGGUCAGAUUAUCAGCUCAUAGGGAUGGGUUGAAAGCCCACCCCAUUCAACCCCCUCCCCCACUCCAGUGCUAAGGAAGUGAGGAGACAGUCGAGCAUUUAUUCAAGAGACUUGUGGUAAAGUGUUUUUUUUUUUUUUUGCACUGGGGAGGGGGUGAUUCUAGUACUUUUGUCAGCACUCAGUCAGUUGGAUAAACAUUUCUAUUGUAAAGGUUGGGCAUGGGUGGGAAUGAGCAAAGGGAAAUACUACUUUUAAUGCAAUUCAUGUUGAUAUGAAAGAACAUUGCCUGAGAUUGACAUACACAAUCUGGGCAACAGCAGGGAAGGAGGAGCUGAUUUUUUUUUUUGCUAGAAAUGGAAACUUCAUCUUUUCAGAGUUACAAAUUAGAGGACCAGGGAGUGAAUAUCUUUCUAUAAUUAUUGUCAGCACUGAGUACGAACAUUAAGGUGGGGGGAAAUUUCUAAGCUAUUUAUGAGAUAUGUCUGCAAUGCUGGGAACAACAAGAACUCUGGCACCCCUUAGUGGGAAAUAAAUGUACAAGUAAAGUUUAACUGUAAUAACGGUUAAGUGGUAGUGAUCAAGAAUGUUCUAAGCAGUUACAAGCAGACCCGGAGCAAAAUGCAGCAAUCUGCAACAUUCUUCUCAAAGUGUAGACUCAUCUGUUCAUUGCACAAAUUAUCUAUACAUAAGUGACAGUGGGGUAGGGGCGGGGAGGCUGUUUAGGGGGGCUGAAAUUGGGCUUAGUUCUUCCAAGGCUUAUCGGAUUGUAACCUUUCAAGUAACAAUAAGCUUGUUUUAAAGACGUGGACCAACUCAACGAGGCACAAAAAGCGAAAUGAUGACUACAGAGAUUUCACUUGACACUUGGGUCCAAUCAUUAAAUAGUGCGCAUAGAACAUGUCAGCAUUACCAAAAUCAUUCUGCCUAUAUUUUAAGCACAUAAACAAGUGUUGGGGUCCCCUUUCUCCAAACCUGCCCCCACCCCUAACUGGGUCAAACAGAGCACGCUGCAGUAUAGAGGCACUAUAACAAGUGUACUGUACAGAGUGACUGAACACGCAAGGAUACUUACUGUUGACAAGUCGCUGCCUGUCAGUAGCAUCCUUUAAAUAUUGUAGAUGCUGAGGUGUAAAACUAAAAACAAACUAAAUUGCCAACACAGUCUUCCUUUGUUGUCAAGCGGGGAGAUUAAACACAUGUAUAACAAGUCUUUGUAAGUGGGAUUUUCUUCCUCACAAAAGCUGCAAAUCAAACCAUCAACAAUGUCUUUAAAUGUCUAAAGUAACUGGACUAUAGACAGUUUUUAAUUUUUUUUUCUUUCUGCAUACAACUGUGGUGGGCAACAUAGAGCAUAACUAAAGAUUAAUUUUUUAUUAGUCUAUGAGUACAUAAGAAUGAGCUGUCAGUAAUGUUUGUCAAAGUUUUUUUUUUGUGUACAAAGGGUGAACUCUUUCUCAAUGGACUUUGUGGUGCUUGUACAGACUUUUUGUUUAACUCUCCCUCUGGCGGUCUGUCUACUGUGCUUAUUAUGUGAUGUGCUCUCCAGUCUGAGAUCACUUCUCUCUUCAGGGUGGCAUUUUACUUUCCAUUUUUUUGCAGGUGGGGAUCUCUGCAAAGCAUCAAGUGAGUGUGGAAAAUCAAAUAAAUGUCAAAUUAUGCCUCCCUGAGGGCACUGGUGGGAAACAUGGCAUGUUUUGAUGAUCCCUUGUUUUGUUUUCAUUGUUUUUGUAUUGUAAAUAAGUGGUGUAUGGACUGGGGGG